AUGGAGGAGCGGGAGCGGGGGGCGAGGUCGGCUCGCGCCGGGAGCCCCGCGCGCCCGCCCAGCCCGCGGCUGGAUGUCAGCUCUGACAGCUUCGACCCGCUGCUGGCCCUGUACGCGCCCCGCCUGCCUCCCAUCCCCUACCCCAACGCGCCCUGCUUCAACAACGUGGCCGAGUACGAGAGCUUCCUCAGGACCGGGUGCCGGGGCGGCGGGCGCGGGCGGGCGCGGGGCGCGGCGGCGGGCGCGGGGGGCCCCGCCGCCGCCGCCGCCAGGCCCUCGGGCAGGACCCGCCGCCGCCCGGACGCGCCCGCCCCGGACCCCGAGCGCAUCCAGCGCCUCCGCCGCCUCAUGGUGGCCAAGGAGGAAGGGGACGGGGCCGCCGGGGCGCGCCGCCGGGGCCCGGGUCGGAGCAGGAAGGCGCCGCGCAACGUGCUCACGCGGAUGCCCUUGCACGAAGGCAGCCCUCUGGGUGAGCUUCAUCGUUGUAUCCGGGAGGGGGUGAAGGUGAACGUUCACAUCCGCACUUUCAAGGGACUGCGGGGCGUCUGUACGGGCUUCCUCGUUGCAUUUGACAAGUUCUGGAAUAUGGCACUUACUGAUGUGGAUGAGACCUACCGAAAACCUGUUCUAGGCAAGGCGUAUGAACGGGAUUCUUCACUGACUCUCACUAGGCUAUUUGAUCGACUAAAGCUUCAAGAUUCCUCCAAGAAGGAAGCAGAUUCUAAGUCUGCAGUUGAAGACUCCACUCUCUCCAGAUACUCCCAGACAUCCACUUGGAAGGUGGCUUCAGUGUGGGGAAGAGGAGACACCGACCGGGGCUCACGCAAACGUUCCCGCUCCGUCCCUUCUUCCCUGCAGGCCUCUACAAGGGAGGAGUCCAGGUCAGAGCUGUCAGGGAGGACUACACGGACAGAAGGGUCAAGUGUGGGAGGUACCUUUUCCAGGGCUACCACCCUUUCCAGGGGCCAGCCCCGUAAGAAAAAGCGAAAGCCCAAAGUGGAUUACCAGCAGGUAUUCACUCGACACAUAAAUCAGAUUUUCAUUCGAGGUGAGAAUGUUCUGCUGGUUCAUCUUGCACAGUGACCAGCUCAGCCUCCCUUGAGCUUUGGUUUUUAGAAAUAAAAUGCAUGAAUUGCUGCUAUGCCAUAUCCUAGUAUCCCAGUGAAACUCUGAGUUGGAAUGAUUCCCUCUGGUCCUGCACAUGCAGAGUAUAGAGCUGGGCUCGGGCCCUCUGGGAGGUGAACUCCCUGAAGGAGAGACAGGCCUUG